CGAUUUGCACACGAGUCCUGUUGAAAGACAUGCCGGGAGAUUUCGCUUGAACACAAUUUACGCAGCGGAUUGAUUCAUUUUACUGGCUAACUAGCCACUACAGAUAUAGGCUUGUCUACUGCAAUACAAUUACUUGCCCUACGGUUCUUGAAAUACAUAAAAAUGACUGGAAGCGCAGGAGAAUGGUGUCUUAUGGAAAGUGAUCCUGGGGUUUUCACAGAAUUGAUCAAAGGCUUUGGUUGUAAAGGAGCUCAAGUUGAAGAAAUAUGGAGUAUGGAACCAGAGAACUUUGAAAAUCUGAAACCAGUUCAUGGGUUGAUCUUCCUGUUCAAGUGGCAGCCAGGUGAGGCACCAGCAGGCUCUAUCGUUCAGGAUUCAAGACUUGACAACAUAUUUUUUGCCAAGCAGGUGAUAAAUAACGCAUGUGCUACCCAGGCCAUUGUGAGUGUGCUGCUGAACUGCACUCACUCUGACAUGCUGCUGGGAGAGACACUCACAGAGUUCAGAGAAUUCUCACUCAGCUUCGAUGCUGCUAUGAAAGGUCUGGCUCUCAGCAACUCUGAAGUUAUUCGACAAGUUCACAACGGCUUUGCCAGACAGCAGAUGUUUGAGUUUGACGCAAAGUCUUCAGCGAAGGAUGAGGAAGCAUUCCACUUUGUGAGUUAUGUCCCUGUCAACGGCAGGCUCUAUGAGCUGGACGGACUACGUGAAGGGCCCAUCGACCUCGGUGUAUGCAACCAGGACGAUUGGAUCAACGCAGUUCGGCCAGUGAUUGAGAAAAGAAUACAGAAGUACAGUGAGGGAGAGAUCCGCUUCAACCUGAUGGCCAUCGUGUCAGACAGGAAGAUGAUUUAUGAGAGGAAGAUAGCGGAGCUGCAGAUCCAGCUUGCAGAGGAAGAGCCAAUGGACACAGACCAGAGCAGCACCCUCCUCAGCUCAAUCCAAUCAGAAAUUGCCAAGUAUCAGCUGCUGAUUGAUGAGGAGAAUCAGAAACGCAAACAAUACAAGAUCGAAAACAUCCGACGAAAGCAUAACUACCUACCCUUCAUCAUGGAACUACUGAAGACACUGGCAGAAUACCAGCAGUUGAUACCUUUGGUGGAAAAGGCAAAGGAGAAGCAGAGUGCCAAAAAAGUCCAGGAAGCCAAGUGAACACAGUCACUAGUGCUGAGUGAGGGGGGGGGGGGGGGUUAUAAAACAACUAAUCGACGACUUCAGUUUAGUUACUUUAAUUCCAUUUAGUUUUUUGUGAGCCCAACGCAGAAAUCAAGUCAAGAACUAUGUGGGACGCUGGUCUGAAGGUAAUUAGAUACACACAGAUCCACAAUGACGAGGGACAGAGACAGUUUGUGAAAGUAUGCCUUAUCUACUUUGAAGAACUAGUCAUGAUUUCAUCAGACAGCUCUGCAUCAUAGGCUACUUAGGCAGGCUAGCUAAAUAUGAUGACUAAAGACAGUACAUUAUAGGGAGCACAUAGAUAACGUUACUGGCUGCUUCAGAUUGCUACUGCCUGAGCAGAGAUGAGAUGACGACUUUAAGGAAUAAAAGAUAAUAAAGUCAUCAAAUAAAAACUUUGUAAUAUACAGAACUGAAAUAUUGUAUUUCGUAGUAAUUUCCUGUUUUUCUAUUGAUAUCUAGCCAAUGUAGACCUGACAAAGACAAUGGAUUAUUUUUUAUUGUUUUGGCAAUUGAAUGCUGACUAUUUUUGGCUUUGGAAUUUCCAUUAAAAAUAUCUAUAACAUAAUGCAUUUAAUGUUGAAAAAAAUAAUCGGAAAUCGUGAUAUUUUUUAUAAUUGAACUGAAACCGAACCGACCUCGAAAAGCACAAAUCUCUCAGCACUAACACUCGCACUCAGUCGUCGUAUUCAUGUGACCCACCAUUGUAUCAUGUGACACCCACCCCCCACAGACAUGAGCAUACGGGCAGUGGGAUAGACGAGAACUGUGUUGACUCCCACCCACGUCUACCGCUAAGCUGUAAUGUAUGCCUGGAAAGAUGUUUCAAUGAGCCUGUCUUAUUUUCAUAAUAAAAUGUGUUGUAGUUUGAUUGUUAA